UUUCAAUCCAACUAUAAUCCAACAACAUUAUAGUGUACUACGCGGUAGCGGAACUAUAUUUCACACGCUUAUCAAGCGUAGCUCGACCUUAGAAUUGGGAACUUCGCCAUGGAUAGCCUAUAUAGCCGAAUCUUGUUCUCGCAGUUUUCCUUGUAGCUUCAUUCCUGCUAUCCCAUUGCAAAGCCUCAUCGAGUUCCACUCAGACUAGCUUCCAAUCCUUGCGGUGUCCUGGUAUCGAGCUCCCAGCAACUUACUGAGCAAGAUGCGUUUCUUGUGUCUGCAUGGUGCCAUUGGCAGCAUUACGAACAUCAGCAUCCAACUAGCGCCACUGGAGAAGGAACUCGAACCGGACCAGACAGCAUCAUUUCAUUAUAUCAAUGGUGCAGUAGUUGUCUCUCCACCUCCAGGAUUUGAUGAGUACUUUGGCAUUGGUCCACACUAUCGAUGGAUAGACGAUGGUGGUACUGCGGAAGAUUCCAUGAUCGCGCGUAUUCGACAGCUGCCAGCCGGUGACAGCCCCGAGGAUGUCAUGCGAAACCUGACAGGAGGUCGUGAGGAUGGCGCUUGGAGGAAUCGGCAGCAAGUGAUGGAUAUCCUCUACGGGGAACUGGAAAAAGACCCCUCGAUCGAAGGAAUUAUAGGCUACAGCGAAGGCUCGACGGUAGCUGCAUCCUUCAUUCUCGAUGAGGAGCGGAGACUAGAAGAAGAAGGUCGACCGCGACGAAUCAAAUGCGCCAUGUUUUUCACCGGAUGGCCCCCAAUCAGCAAGGAAGGCAAGAUUCUUCUAGCGGAUGACAGUGACUGUUUUCUCAAUAUCCCUACACUACAUGUGAUAGGAGCUAACGACCCAUACCGCGACGGCGCUCUUGCCCUGUACAAUGUGUGUGAUCCUGAUGCUGCUGUUAUCUUUGACACUGGCAAAGGUCACACAAUUCCUCGCGCAGGGAUGGUUAUUACGGAACUAGCGAACGCAGUGCGGAACCUUAUUGGGGUAGCUCGCCAGCAAGAAUAGUAUAGUAGCUAGCUUCAUUUCCAGUGAUUUAUUCACUGUCACAAUCAAUCGGAACGAAGUGCGUGAUAUAUGAUUACUGCCCAGAUUUAGGAUAGAACGCC